AAUACAAACCUCCCGCAUGCGCUAUUAAAAUUCGCGAAAAUCCUUGAAAAUUCUGACGAAGAUGAGCGUUUCCAGCUGCAAACUGUUGAUGCGAAGGAUGCCCUGCACCCUGGACGAGCUGGCGCAGCUGAUCCAGGAGUGCAAGUUCAUCCUGCCGCGAUCGCUGAACACUUACGGCCGGAAGAGGGUGCUCAUCGAGUACAAGGAUCCCGAUGAGGCGGAAAGAGCCCUCAGGCAACUUCAAGGACUCAGUGAAAUUCUGGACAAACCGCUGUACAUCAGUAUGUUUGGACCGAAACAAAGAGCCGAUGGAGCCACCGAUGCCAGCAAAUCCACACAGACAACGGCGGCUUCAGCAGCCCAGAAACAGGAACCGGAAAUCGAAAAACAACUGGGCCUAAUUGAUACCAUAUAUGUGGACGGAGCUCGGCCAGAUCCAGUCAACGAACCCGAGGAGUCGCUCAACGAAGCCGAAAUCACAGCAGCCAACACAGUUCCCAUUAAGAUCAAGAAGCGCAAGUCCAAGCAGCUGGCCAUGCAGCCCUAUACCUAUGUAAUUGCGGUGGAUUUUGAGGCCACCUGCUGGGAGAAACAGGCGCCACCUCAAUGGCGAGAGGCGGAGAUUAUUGAAUUCCCAGCUGUCCUGGUCAAUGUAAAAACCGGCAAGAUUGAGGCCGAAUUCCACAAGUACAUCCUGCCCAUCGAGUCGCCCCGCCUGAGUGCCUACUGUACAGAGCUGACGGGCAUCCAGCAGAAGACGGUGGACAGCGGAGUGCCGCUGCAGACGGCGCUAAUGAUGUUCCACGAGUGGCUGCGCAAGGAGCUGCGUGCCCGCAACCUCACCUUGCCGAAGAUGAACAAGUCCAAUAUAUUGGGGAACUGCGCCUUUGCCACCUGGACGGACUGGGACUUUGGGAUCUGCCUGGCGAAGGAGUGCACCCGCAAGCGGAUGCGCAAGGGAGCCUACUUCAAUCAGUGGAUCGAUGUGAGGGCGGUGUAUAGGUCGUGGUACAAGUACAAGCCGUGCAACUUCACCGACGCCCUGUCGCACGUGGGCCUGGCGUUCGAGGGAAGAGCUCACUCCGGAAUCGAUGAUGCCAAGAACCUGGGCGCCCUCAUCUGCAAAAUGGUGCGCGACGGAGCGCUCUUCUCGAUCACCAAAGAUCUGACGCCAUAUCAGCAGCUCAAUCCCAACUGCGUGUUGUGAGUUCCAGCGGCCAGCAAUCCCUCCAAACGAAACGCAGAAUAUCCAUUUAGUUUACUGGAUUUUAUUUAAUUAUUAAUACGAAAAAAACGCAAGAAAGGCGGAAGAUGAUUGGUACGAAGAAAGCUAAAGAGAAAUUGCAUGAAAUUAUAAUAGAAAUUCUUUUUUUUUUCCUCCUUUUAUUUAAUAUUUGCCCUGAUUUUCUUGUAACGGCAAUUGAUAAGACUUGAAACAAUUCGAAGCAUCGCAGCGAUCGUACAUAUAAAUAUAUAAAUAGCUAUUAAAUGGCAUACAUAUUUUUCUACCAUUCAUACUUACUUGAUAAUGCUUAGUUGUAGUCUAUAAUACGGAUUGCAAUACUUAUUUUAACGACUUACACCGCCUACCAUUUAGGAGAUACAAUUAAAUAAAACGACAAUAGCGAUUGAGUUAUCCAAGAA